GCUGCCCUCGCCCGGCCCGGGGCGCCGCUGCCAUGCGGCUGGCGCUGCUCUGGGCCCUGGGGCUCCUGGGCGCAGGCAGCCCUCUGCCUUCCUGGCCGCUCCCAAAUAUAGGUUUCAUGGAGGAACAGCAGGCCAGACCAGAGAGGGCCCCGAGUGGGCCCUCGCAGCCCCAGAUCCUUCAGGACAAGGUCCCUAUUGGCCUAGCAGAGGUGUUUCAGACGGGUCUGUCUAAGGCCAUGAGGAUCAAAGUGGAGCUGGACGGUGACAGUUACAUCCUGGAGCUGCUGCAGAACAGGGAUUUAGUCCCAGGUCGCCCAACCCUGGCAUGGUAUCAGCCAGAUGGCACUCAGGUAGUCAGUGAGGGACAUACUCUGGAGAACUGCUGCUAUCAGGGCAGAGUACAAGGCCAUACCAGCUCCUGGGUCUCCAUGUGCGCCUGCUCCGGGCUCAGGGGCUUGGUGGUCCUGUCCCCAGAGAGAAGUUAUGUCUUGGAGCUGGGGCCUGGGGACAUUCAGGGUCCUCCCAUUAUCUCCCGGAUCCAAGACCUUCGCUUGCCAGGCCACGUCUGUGCCUUGAGCCGGAAUGCCCCUGUGCCCACGCAGGCUCCACCAGGGCACCCCCUGGGACAACGCCACAUUCACCGGCACAAGCGGGACGUGGUAACAGAGACCAAGAUUGUCGAGCUGGUGAUCGUGGCCGACCAUUCAGAGGUCAGGAGGUAUCCCGACUUCCAGCGCCUGCUGAACCGCACACUGGAUGUGGCCCUCCUGCUGGACAUGUUCUUCCAGCCCCUGAAUGUUCGGGUGGUACUGGUGGGCCUGGAGGCCUGGACCCAGCACGACCUGAUAGAGAUGAGCCCAAACCCAGCUGUCACUCUAGAAAACUUCCUCCACUGGCGCCGGACAGACUUGCUGCCUCGACUGCCCCAUGACAGUGCCCAACUAGUGACUGAUAUUUCUUUCUCUGGGCCCAUGGUGGGCAUGGCCAUUCAGAACUCCAUCUGUUCUCCCGACUUCUCAGGAGGUGUGAACAUGGACCACUCCAUAAGCAUCCUGGGAGUUGCCUCCUCGAUAGCCCAUGAGUUGGGCCACAGCCUGGGCCUGGACCACGAUUCACCUGGGAGCAGCUGCCCCUGUCCAGGUCCAGCCCCAGCAAAGAGCUGCAUCAUGGAGGCCUCCACCGACUUCCUGCCAGGCCUGAACUUCAGCAACUGCAGCCGGCAGGCCCUGGAGAAAGCCCUCCUGCAGGGGAUGGGCAGCUGCCUCUUUGAACGGCUGCCCAGCCUGCCCCCUAUGGCCCCCUUCUGCGGAAAUAUGUUUGUGGACCCUGGCGAGCAGUGUGACUGCGGCUUCCCGGAUGACUGCACAGAUCCCUGUUGUGAUUACUUCACCUGCCAGCUGAGGUCAGGGGCACAGUGUGCAUCUGACGGACUCUGUUGUCAGAACUGCCAGCUGCGCCCCGCCGGCUGGCAGUGCCGUCCUAGCAGAGGAGACUGUGACUUGCCCGAGUUCUGCCCAGGAGACAGCUCUCAGUGCCCCCCUGACAUCAGCCUGGGGGACGGCGAGCCCUGUGCUGGUGGGGAGGCUGUGUGUGUCCACGGGCGCUGUGCCUCCUAUGCCCAGCAGUGCCAGUCACUCUGGGGACCUGGGGCCCAGCCCGCCGCACCACUUUGCCUCCAAACAGCCAAUACUCGGGGCAACGUUUAUGGGAGCUGUGGCCGAAGCGCCAAUGGCAGCUACAUACCCUGCACCCCUCGAGACGCCGUUUGUGGGCAGCUUCAGUGCCAGGGGGGCAGGACGCAGCCUCUCCUGGGCUUAGCCCAAGAGCUGCGCUGGGAGACGCUGGAGGCCAACGGGACACAACUGAACUGCAGCUGGGUACACCUGGACCUGGGCAACGACGUGGCCCAACCCCUCCUGACUCUGCCGGGCACAGCCUGUGGCCCUGGCCUGGUGUGUCUAGACCACCGAUGCCAGCCUGUGGAUCUCCUAGGAGCACAAGAGUGUCGAAGCAGAUGCCAUGGACAUGGAGUCUGUGACAGCAACAGGCACUGCCACUGCGAGGAGGGCUGGGCACCCCCGGACUGCACCACACAGCUCCGAGCAACCAGCUCCCUGACCACGGGGCUGCUCCUCAGCCUCCUGCUGUUGCUGGUCCUAGUGCUACUUGGUGCCAGUUACUGGCACCGUGCCCGCCUGCGCCAGCGACUUUGCCAGCUCAAGGGAUCCAGCUGCCAAUACAGGGCAGCCCAAUCCAGUCCCCCUGAACGGCCAGGACCCCCCCAGAGGGCCCAGGUGUUGCCGGGCACUAAGCAGGUUAGUGCUCUCGGCUUUCCGGCCCCCCCCUCCAGGCCGCUGCCGCCUGACCCUGUGCCCAAGAGACUCCAGGCUGAGCUGGCUGACCGACCCAAUCCCCCCACCCGCCCUCUGCCCGCUGACCCGGUGGUGAGGCGCCCGAAGUCUCAGGGGCCUACCAAGCCCCCACCCCCAAGGAAGCCACUGCCUGCUGACCCCCAGGGCAGGCGCCCUUCGGGUGACUUGCCUGGCCCAGGGGCUGGAAUCAUGCCUUCAGUGGUCCCCUCCAGGCCAGCACCACCGCCUCCAGCAGCAUCCUCGCUCUACCUCUGACCUCUCCUGAGGUCGCGCUGCCUCCAAUUCGGAUUUAGGACUUAAAGAAGCGGAACCCUGUUGGAGUCCCCCACAAUGACUGAAGAAGCCGGAGCGUGGACACUGUAAUGCCCAGCCUUAGGGAAGCAAGACCGUCAGGCGCUGUGAAGCAGCACUCUGAUGACUCGCCGGUAUAGCUGCAGCCGGGGGCUAGUGGGGGACUGGGGCUGGAUGGGGCUGAGGGAGGUGCACCCAGCCUGUCUCUGUUCUGCUGCAAUAAAGAGAGAUCUUGAUCGCG